CCAGAGCAGGCUCAGAGCUUAGCCAGGGAAGGCUCACCAUCUGUGCUUCUCUUGCAGGGUGACUCUGGUGGGCCCCUUGUUUGCGAAGAUCCAUCUGGCAAGUUUUUUCUAGCAGGAAUCGUGAGCUGGGGAAUUGGAUGUGCUGAAGCUAGGCGGCCUGGGGUUUACACCCGUGUUACCAAACUCAGAGACUGGAUCUUUGAUGCUAUUUCUGCCUUCCCCACCUCCGUAACACAUACUGUCCCACUAAUACACCCCAGCACUAAUAGCAACAUGGUCACCUCUGAAGAUCUCAGCAACACGACGACUGGAGCAACCCCCAGCAUUUCACCAGCCUCAGCUGCCAGCAAGACACCUACUGUUUCCAGGCCACAAGAGUGCGGAGGACGACCCGGGCUCUCCAAACCCAGCAAGAUUGUGGGAGGAAUGGAUGCUUCCAGAGGAGAGAUCCCCUGGCAAGUCAGCCUGAAAGAAGACUCAAGGCAUUUCUGUGGAGCCACCAUAAUUGGGGAUCGCUGGCUGCUGUCAGCAGCUCACUGCUUCAAUCAGACAAAGCUGCAAGAGAUCAAAGCCUACGUGGGAACUACAUCACUAAACGGAACAGAUGGGAACACAGUGAAGGCCAAUGUGACAAGAGUGAUCCAGCAUCCCCUCUUCAACCCUAUCAUUCUGGACUUUGAUGUUGCUAUACUAGAGCUGGCAAGACCCCUUGUCUUCAACAAAUACAUCCAGCCUGUCUGUCUCCCACUUGCUGUGCAGAAGUUUCCUGUUGGCAAAAAGUGCAUGAUUUCUGGGUGGGGAAACACCCAAGAAGGCAAUGUCACCAAACCUGGGAGCCUGCAGAAAGCCUCUGUAGGCAUUAUAGACCAGAAGACCUGUGACUUCCUCUACAACUUCUCCCUCACUGACCGGAUGAUCUGUGCUGGCUUCCUGGAAGGGAAGGUAGACUCAUGCCAGGGAGAUUCUGGUGGGCCCUUGGCCUGUGAGGAAACUCCAGGAGUGUUCUACCUGGCCGGCAUUGUGAGCUGGGGAAUUGGAUGUGCCCAGGCUAAGAAACCUGGAGUGUACUCCAGAGUUACCAAAUUCAAAGACUGGAUCCUGGAUACCAUUGCACAGUUGUCCGGUCCAGGCACAGGCACCUUUUCCAGUUCAGCCAUCACCAGAGCUUCCACUGCAGCUAUCCUCACUCCGCAGCCUAGCACAACAGCUACAAGCCCAAUCAACACAACCACCCUGAGGAUGAAGACCACCACAACCAGGAAAGAAACCUCCACAGUUCCGAAAACAAUUGGGCCUGCCAACCCCACCCAAACCCCAGUGGUGCCUUGUACCAGCCUUACCUUCAAGUGCUCCAGUAAGGUCUGCAUUGGAAAAGCAAAUCCCGAAUGUGAUGGCAUUGUUGACUGCAGCAACGGCUCUGAUGAACGCAACUGUGACUGUGGCUUAACUACUGCUCUGGUCUUCAGCAAGAUCGUGGGAGGCAGCACUGCAGCUCGGGGAGAAUGGCCAUGGCAAGUCAGUCUCUGGCUUCGGCGGAAGGAGCACAAGUGUGGGGCUGUCCUCAUUGCUGACAGGUGGCUGCUCUCUGCAGCUCACUGCUUCGAUAUUUACAGUGACCCCAAAAUGUGGGUGGCCUUUCUAGGAACACCCUUCCUGAAUGGCAUCGAUGGGAAAGUAGAAAAAAUAUUCCGCAUCUACAAGCACCCUUUCUACAACGUCUACAGCCUGGACUACGAUGUGGCACUUCUAGAGCUCAACAUGCCUGUCAAGUUCAGCAGCACCAUCAAACCUAUAUGCCUCCCAGAUAAUUCACAUAUUUUCCAUGAAGGAGCCAGAUGCUUCAUCACAGGCUGGGGCUCCACAAAGGAGGGAGGUCUCAUGUCAAAGCAUCUGCAAAAAGCAGCAGUGAACAUGAUUGGAGACCAGGCCUGCAAAAAGUUCUACCCUGUCCAAAUCAGCAGCAGGAUGGUGUGUGCAGGUUUUCCACAGGGCACCGUCGACAGCUGCUCAGGUGACGCAGGUGGGCCCCUGGCUUGUAAAGAACCCUCAGGGAGGUGGUUUCUAGCAGGAAUCACAAGCUGGGGCUACGGCUGUGCCAGGCCAUACUUCCCUGGUGUCUACACUAAAGUCACAGCUGUCCAGGCUUGGAUCGCACAGAACCUCAAGCUCUGAAGCUCCAUUCCUCCACUCAGGGAAGGUGACGAAGGAGAGGAGUAAUUGCC